GAAACUUCUAUGUUCUGUAAUUUGAAGUAUGUAACAUGAAUUAUGGAAAUAAUGUAAUUUUCAUUUAAAAAAUAUUGCAUAAGAUUACAGUCAAAAUUGAGCCUUGCCAAUAAAAUAUUGAGAACGAGGAAAUGACUUGAUAAUUCUUAGAGUCAGAGAAAUAGUGAUUAACCGAAAUUCCUAAUCAAGUGAAAUUGUGUACACAUUUGCAUACUUGUACAUACUGUAUAUGUCUUUGAAUAUUCACGCGGGAAUAAACUAAAAGAAAAUGUCGUUGCAGAAUUACCAGCCAACUGGGUAUUUUAAUGAAACAGCAAAUCUAAUUUCAGACAAUGAUGCUAUCCCUAGAAGAGGUACAGCUGGUUUUAGUGAAACUGCCGGGAAUGAGACAUCUGGAACAGGUGCUGUUAAGAAAACCAAAAACGUGCCAAAGAAAAAUAAUAAAGAUAGAGGACCUAAAAAAGAGAAUUUCAAUAAAUCUAAAUUUCAAAAUCCCACUAAAAGACAAAGUGGUAGUCAAACAGUGUCCCAUGUUGAGAGUAUGUCCUAUAAUAAUUAUAAUCCUCAUAAUAGAAACACAUAUCAAAGAAACACCUAUCAAGAGUGCAGUUAUGAUUCAUUUGAUAAUAUGAAUUCAAAUAGUGCAAGGAAUUCAAGGCAUUUUCAUGAAGAAUCUUCAUAUGAUCUUACAUCUGAUAGAAAUGUAAAUUAUAAGAAUAGUUCUGCUAGAUAUUCUAGAUAUGAAAAUAUUUCAAGGUGUAAUGAAGAAAAUUCAAGAGAAAAUUCUCCUAAACCCAACAAAAAUAGUAAAUUUAGAAAUGGAAAUAAUUCCAAUUUUCAGAAUUAUCAUGAGAAUGUUCACCAAGAUUAUUCAGAUAUAAGGAAGUUUAAUAGAAAUGCAAGAUAUAAAAAUGAUAGGGACAGAAAUUACCGAUAUGUCAAUGAAGAGACUCCACAGGAUAAGAAGAUUGAUGGAAGAAAUGGAGAAUACUUUCAAAGAAAACAAAUGAAUUAUGGUAGAAAUUAUAACAAUAAAAAGAAGUUCCAAAAAAAAGUCGAAAUUGCAUCUCAAAGGGAAAGACUUGAAGAAAUGCUCAAACACAGAACAUUGGAAUGUUUGGUUUGUUGUGAAUUAUUGAAACACCACAAUCAAGUAUGGUCAUGUAAACAAUGUUAUCACAUUCUACAUCUAAAAUGUACACAGGCUUGGGCAAAAUCUUCUAAACUAGAAAAUGGUUGGCGUUGUCCAGCUUGCCAAAAUGUUUGUAAGGAAAUUCCUGCUGAAUAUUUGUGUUUUUGUGGUAAACAGAAACAUCCCAGGAAUGAACCAGGUCUAAUAGCCCACAGUUGUGGAGAAAUAUGCUUAAGACAACGCCGCAACUGUGAGCAUAAUUGCUUGAUCUUAUGCCAUCCAGGACCAUGUCCGGAUUGUACCAUUCUUGUGGACAAAUCAUGUGGAUGCGGGAAAUCAAAACAGCAGGUAAUGUGUAGCUCAGAAGUGGAAAUAAUAUGCGACAGUCUAUGUGAAAAAUUUUUGGAGUGCGGUGUUCACAAGUGCUAUGAAAAAUGUCAUAUGGGAGAUUGCAAACCUUGUGAAAAAAUUCUGCACCAAACCUGUUUUUGUGAAAAAGCCAAUAGAGAUGUGACUUGCUGUUUUGAAUAUCAAGGAAGCACAUACUAUUCUUGCGGAGAUGUUUGUGGGAAGAAGUUGAAAUGUAAAAAUCACGAGUGUCAAGAUAUUUGCCAUGGAGGUGAAUGUAAGCCUUGUAAAAGGGAUUGUAGUUUGAUUAAAAAUUGUUACUGUGGUAAGAAGCCUUUGGAAGUUCCUAGGAUAAGCUGCUUGGACCCCAUUCCUUCAUGUGGUUUGUUGUGUCAGAAAACUUUGAAGUGUGGCCCAAAUGGUAAUCGUCAUAAAUGUGAGUCUACUUGUCAUGAUGGAGAUUGCCCACCCUGUAAUUUGUCUACAAUUCUGAAAUGUAGAUGUGGAUCCAUGAACAGAGAAAUUCCUUGUCAAAAAUUGGUAGAUGAUGCAAGAUGUGAGAGGAAAUGCGCAAAGAAACGUUUAUGUGGAAAACACAAAUGUAAUCAGCGUUGUUGUAUCGAAAUUGAUCAUAUCUGCCCUCUUCCUUGCAAUAGAACACUUUCUUGUGGCAAUCAUAGGUGUGAAUUAACAUGUCAUAAUGGUAGAUGCAAGCCGUGUAUGGAAACUAGCUUCGAAGAGCUCUAUUGUGAAUGUGGCUCAGAAGUUAUGUAUCCUCCAAUACCAUGUGGAACUAGGCCACCGGUCUGUGAUAAACCUUGUUCAAGACCAAGAGAAUGUGGUCAUGAAGUUAACCAUGCUUGUCAUACAGGCCCUUGUCCACCUUGCACCAUUUUAUGCAAGAGAUGGUGUUAUGGUAAACAUGAACUAAGAGGUGCUAUACCUUGCCACCAAGAGGAAUUCAGUUGUGGUUUGCCAUGUGGAAAGCCUAUGCCUUGUGGAAGACAUAAAUGCAGCAGUCCUUGUCACUCAGGUGCCUGUCCUGUGCCUUGCAAACAACCAUGUAUGUUUGAACGAGCAGUAUGCGGGCAUCCAUGUAAUGCUCCUUGCCAUGAGCUUCCUUGCCCUCAAACCAGUUGCAAGAGUAAAGUAGCAGUUUCCUGCAUUUGUGGAAUUCAAAAGGGCGUUCGAUCCUGCAACGAUGUGACUAAUGAGAUGAGAAAUAUAGAAAUGGCUCGAUUGAGUGAGAAGAUGAUGAGUAUGUCGAAAAAUGAAUCUGUAGACAUAAGUGAUAUGAGCAAGCCCGAAAGAAGACCAAGUGUUCUUAAAAUCUUAGAAUGUACAGAAGAAUGCCGUGUUAUGGAAAGGAACCGAAGAUUAGCCAUAGGCCUACAAAUUCGUAAUCCUGAUAUCAGCCAGAAACUCACUCCUCGUUAUUCGGACUUCAUGAAAAGAUGGGCUACAAAAGAUCCUCAUUUCUGUCGAAGAAUUCAUGACAAGUUGACAGAACUAGUAGUGUUAGCCAAGCAAAGCCAACAGAAGUGUCGCUCACACUCUUUCGAGUCCAUGAAUAGAGACAAGCGUCAAUUCAUUCAUGAAUAUUGCGAGCACUUUGGUUGUGAAAGUGAAGCUUAUGAUACUGAACCAAAUAGAAAUGUUGUUGCUACAGCAAUCCGAGAUAAAUCCUGGCUGCCCAGUAUGAGCCUGUUGGAGGUUAUUCAGAGGGAGAAUGGCCAGAGGAAAGUGCCUAUGCCAUCCCAUUUAGAAAGGAAUUUGUGUUCUAAAUCGGAAAGUGUAGCUUUGAAACCUUUGGGUAGAACUGUUAGGUUAGGUGUAUCGCAAACUGAUACUGAUAAUUUGAAAAGUAGUAUUUAAUUAAAGUAUUUAAUACUCAUUUUUUUUUUUAGUUAUUAGUGGGGUGAGGAACUGAGAAGUUAUAAUUUGUCUAAAUUUAUAAAUUUUUAAGAUAGCUGGAAGUAUAUAAAAGAGAAAAAUAAAGGUUGAUGUUAUUAUACCACUUCAUUUAAUGAUUGGUGCAUGCUUCCCAAAUAUUAGGUUUCAAAUUAUUUUUAAUCAUGUAGAAGUUUAAGUGAAAUAUUUGUUGGAAUUGCAUAAAAAAAUUGAAUUUGAUUGUUGUUCUGUUCCUAAAUAUUUUAUGAUCAUGUUUCCUUCCAUUAUCUUCAUAAUUUAUACUAUGUAUUUGCAACUUAUUGCAAUUAUAUGUAUUGAUAAUAGCUAAUUUCGUAAAUCAUGUUUUUUUAUUUGCAAGUUGAUGGACUUCUUUAUUUUAUUGUAACCUUUUUCUACUACCGAUGGGAAUAUAUUCUAUCAAUAAAACUGGAAUAUAAUUGGUAGUUUUGGGUGAAAUAAAAAUUCCUUGUAUUUUUAUCCAAUAAAAAUUUAUUAAAAUUUUGAUUCAAUUUAUAUUUAAACACUGAAAAUUUUGCAAUUAUGGUUCAUUAUUUUCUCUUAACACAAAUUCUUUACCUUCCAUGGAAUAAAUAUCACUCUGAAUAUGUUGAAUGGAACUUAUUCAUUCGAUAACUCAAAUAAAAUUUAUAUCCCAUUUUAAAAAGUUGAUACUGCAGUGAAAAAAGUAUUAUAUACAUGAAUAGUAUUUGGACUGCUGAACUCUAAAUGAAUGUUUUGGUUGAAUAUGAUGUAAUAUCAAAAAUUGUCAAUCUCAGUUUAACAAACAGGACUUGCAAAGUACUGAAUGAAAAUACAAUUACAGUAGAUCCCUGAUUAUCCGUUUUACUCUGUAAUCCGUGCUCGUCGACAUUUUCACUCAUCCGUUCCCACGAGCAGACAUCCACUCGAUUAUUCGGGAUUCACUUCAUUGCGCAUGCGCUAUAGUAAUAAUUUGGUAUAAUUCGAAAAUGUUUCAGUCGAUGAUGUUGAAGAAUGGCUAUAUUGGGAUUUAAAUGAACCCGGUUAUCAGAUACUGGAUGAUUCAGAAACCGCAUCAAAUUUCUCCCAACCUAACCACUGUAUGGAUACAUACGAUGAAAGUGUUGAAGAAUUUUCCACGCAGGAAAACACUGUUUCUGCCGAAGACGCGUUGAGAUUCGCAAAUGGUCUGAUGCACUAUUUAGAGCAGAAAAAUGAUACGGAUUAUAUUGAUGUCCUCCACUUGAGGAAAAUUAGGGCUCACAUUUGUCUCAAGGUGAAUAAUAAAAAAAGACAGAAAAAAAUUACAGUUUUUCAACUAAUAUAUAUAUAUAUAUAUAUACAUUAGAUGUAAUAUAGGUACCAAUGCAACGAUUUGUUUUUCAUUUAUAUAUAUUAUGAUUCUAUUGAUUUUGUUGCUCAAUAAAUAAUUAUACCCCAUACAUUUUCUAAUCUUCAUAGUUGUAGUGCGUAUUUUGAGAAAUUUCGAUUAACCGAGAACCGUUUCCCCUCCAUUAGGCCGGAUGAUCGAGGUUCUACUGUAAAUCACAAACAAGAAGAACACCAAAAGAUUAAUCUGUUGUCAAAAACUAUCAAAGACCACGAACUAUUCACUACCUAGUUAGCCUACAAUUACCCUAAGGGUGGCUGCCAAUUCCCUUAUUUAUGUUUAAAUUCAACAAGCUUAUAAGCAAUCCCUUAAUUUUUGGAAGGGCUUCCUAAGUAUCUUAAUCUUUAUUUUCGAUAUUCUAACCAGAACCCCUCUCAGAUUAGCCAGUGAUGUGCACAGAAUCAGAGAAAAUCUAUCGUUUCACACAAUAUAUAUUGUUCACAAAAAGGUUAUAAAAAUGAUAGACAAUAUUCACCUAAAAUUUACACGUAGUAGACAAUAAUUUACACUAUAGUAUACUGAAAUUGCAAAUAAAAAAUUCACUUAUAAGCUAUCACAAUUACUCUUUGAUACAAUUAUACAUCAAAUAACAACUGGUUAAGGAGGAUAUAUUUCUUCUUCAAUAACUCUAAUUAUUUUUAAUGAAAUCAUUGCAAAUUAAAUUUUUAAAUGAAAUUAAGUUAAGUCAUUGUUAUCCUCUUUCAUAAGAAAAAUAAUUACAAUAAAAAUUCAACACUUAUAUUCGUUAGCAUAUCUAGAAUUGAAAAUAUUUUUCAUUUCCAUUUUCCCAAGGUUUCCUCAAUUCAGAAACAAAAAAAAAAGCAUACUGUUAAAAUGAG